AUGCUUUCAACCCAGUACCAGUUGUUUCCCAAAGAUACCCAAGUAACAAUGGAAGAAGAGGAAGGCCUUGAAGAAGAUUCUGAUCUGUGCAUCGACUGUUCUCCAACAUCUGACUCAGGACCACGUAUUUUUAAAAUGUUGGAGAAAUGGGUUCCCAAAGCAUCUCAUUAUUUCGACAAAGAACAUUACUUUUAUGCUGGCAAUCAGAUCACCAUUCAAGAGUCCAUUGAAAACUUUGGAGCCAUAGUAUGGCCUGGGGCUCUUGCUCUGUGUCAGUACUUGGAAUCAGAUCAACAAGAAAUCAGUCUCAAAGACAAGAAAGUGAUUGAACUUGGAGCUGGGACAGGCUUGGUGUCCAUAGUGGCAAGUAUAUUAGGUGCUUUUGUCACAGCCACUGACUUGCCUGAGGUCCUCGAAAACCUGGAAUUCAACAUUGCAAGAAACACACGGGGCAUGAAAAUCCACAAGCCCGAAGUACGGAAGCUGGCAUGGGGAGAAGACCUCAACCGAGAUUUCCCCAGGUCAACCCACCGUUACGAUGUCAUUGUGGCCACUGACGUUGUGUACCACCACACCGCUCUGGAUCUCCUGUUAGCCACAAUAGACUACUUGUGCCGGCCAGGGACAGUUUUGGUGUGGGCAAACAAAUUCAGAUUCAGCACAGAUUAUGAUUUUUUUGACAGACUCAGCAACAUAUUCAAUAUCACACAGCUAGCUGAGUUCCCAGAGUCAAACGUCAAAUUGUUCAAAGGCACAGUGCGAGAAAAUUAAGAUGGGAAGG